CUUAGAAUCAGCCCACACCACAGCUUUGCAGCAUCAGAGGCUCUACAGAAGCAGCUCAACAGCUCCAAGACUAGCCCAGCAAUCAGCAACACUAGUUCAGUAACUCAACAGCUCCAGGAUACUAAGCCCAACAGCAAUAGCUCAACAGUAGCAGGAUACCAACUCCAGUUCACUGCAUACAACACCCCAGCAAACACCUAUUCAACCUUUAUCAUCAAAUACCAUAGAAGUCUUAGUGCGCAAAAUACGAAGACCUCUUUGAUCCUGCAGCCUCUGCCUGACAACACUAGAAGCUGGCCACUUACAGAAAAUUCAAUAAACUAUAUAAUCCAUGAUCCAAAGUAA